GCUGCAGGUAAACUUGACCUCAGCUUGUUAAACCUGUGCCGCGGCUCGUGCCAGCCGUUCACAUGUAAAACCGCAUGAUUCUGGUCUGUCCGCAUAGCAAGCUGACAGCAAGAUACAGUGGCUCAAUUGAGAAAUGCCACCGUUCGCUCGGUUUCACCUGAACCCUCCACAGGUGAUGUCAGAGACCGGGACCCGAGUAACAGGAUCGGGGACAUUUCUCCUCUACUUAAACCUGACACAUGGAGCGCUCGGCGGUGGAUGCGUUUUCCAGAGGUAUCCCCUCAUUUCCAUCCUUUGUCAAAAUGGCAGGCGUGUUUUCCUACGAGAGCUCUGAGGUGGACUGGUGUGAGGACAACUAUAAACAUUCGGAGAAUGUUGUGGAAUAUUUCAACACGAUGAGCAGUUUCAUCUUCUUUGUGAUCUCACCUAUAAUGCUGUACCUGCUACACCCGUAUGCCAAGGAAAGGAACCUGGCUGUGCAUCUGGUCUGGAUCAUGAUGGUGUUUGUAGGUAUCUUCUCCAUCUAUUUCCACAUGACUCUGAGUUUUAUGGGCCAGAUGCUGGAUGAGCUGUCCAUCCUGUGGGUUUUGGCUAUUGGUUACUCGCUGUGGUUUCCCCGCAAACACUUCCCUUCCUUCGUUAAGGACAGGACAUCUUUCGCUCGUUUGGUGCUGAUCAUCACUAUCAUAAGUACUCUGUCAUCUUUUGUCAAACCUACAGCCAAUGCCUACGCUCUCAACUGCUUCGCCAUCCAUAUCCUCUACUCUCUGUUUGUGGAGUUAAAGAGUUGCACAGAUGAGCGAGUGCUGCGUCUGGCCUGGGCCUCCAUUGGCCUGUGGGUUCUGGCCAUCUCAUGCUGGAUUAGCGAUCGCUUUGGCUGCAGCUUCUGGCAGAAACUGGACUUCUGUUAUCUGCACGGUAUCUGGCACAUUUUGAUUGUAAUGGCCACUGCUUAUGCUAGCACUUUGAUUGCAUACCUGGAUGCUAGUCAGGAGAUCCCUUAUUCCCUCCCGGACUUGCAGUACUGGCCCCGGAAUAACUGGGCCAUUGGCCUGCCAUACAUCGUCCUCAAAGGCACCAAUACGACCCGGAAAACAUGCUAGCAAACAUGAACAGAUCUCAUAUUUAAAGCUGACUGGUGUAACUCUGAUCUGGGACCAGCCUUCAACUUUCAAAAAUGGUGAAUAAUUGAUGUGAGAAAGAGCUGAAUCUCUGUGAGGACUGAAGUGAAAUGAAUGUUGCAUGUUAUGGUUGUUUCUUUGUAUUUUUCACAGAACCUAAAUGUGUAUGUGUGAAUUUCUCCUUUUGAGACUGUAUUUUCAUUACAAUCAGCAUGUGGUUGUUACGUGGACAUGAAUAUUUGCACUGUAGUGACAGAAUUGAAUGUAUGUGCAAUACAUUCUGUAGUUUACUUGAUUUACAAAUCAGAGGCUUCAAUUUGUCAUCGGCACUACUUGAUUCUUGGGUGAAACUUAUAAUGUUAUAUUGACAGUCGGUUUGAUAUAAGACUCAUGAAAUUAAUAUUCUCUUAACAAUGAUGCAAACGUUUGUUUACAAAUGUAAUAACUGGGAUUGUGAACAUUUUUUGUGCGAUUUUUAAAUCUUAAUUCAUUUUACUGCAUUAUAAAUAAUAAAUAUAAUUAGAUAAUAAUUAUAUUUAUUAUUUAAAUAUUGUAUAAAUCUCUAUAUAUCUACAUAUUGUGUUUUAACUUUUGACCUUAUUUUAAUGAUGAAUUACCUUUCAAUGACAACAGCGUUAAUAGCACAUGAAUGAGGGUUUGAACUUUGAAGUAUUGAUGUUAAAUAGUAUUUCAAAUAGCACAAUGAGAUAUACUAAAAUGCACAAUGAGACGAACUUUA